AUGGCCAAGUCACUGCGCUCGAAAUUCAAGAGGAAGAUGCGCAGCAUCGCCCGCGUCAAGAAGGAGCCGAAGGUUCUCAAGAAGCUCGAUGAAACGCUCGCCACGACGACGAAAGACGAGCUCAACGCCGAGCUGAACGCACGCAAGGAAGCGCAAAUGGAAACCGACGCCGCAGCGACCGCCCCAGCAACGAUCAACCUGAAGACGAUGAAGAAGGCUGACGGCUCGUAUCCGGUUUGGCUGAGCGCGAGAAAGAUCAAGAAAGCCAAGCACGGUGCAAAGAAAGCGGCCCAGCCGAAGAAGAAGAAGAAGGGCGGCAAACGA